AUCAGAUGUGUCAUUUUAUGUUCCAUGGCUGUGUACUCAUGUUAUUUGAACAAUAAUAUAGCAUGAACGUAUUUUUAAUGUUAUUAAUUUUAGAAAAUGGCUAUUUGUAAAUAUUUUCAACAAGGUUAUUGCCGAUUCGGUCAGAAUUGCAGAAAUGAACAUGUAUUUUCGAGUAAAUAUUCUUAUAAAGCCCCACAGGCUCAAAAUUCAACAAACAGAGUGGAUAACUAUAACACAAAUAUAAAUACUUUUGAUAAUAGUAAUGCUUCGGCAUUCUUUCGCAACGCUGUUCAGAAGACGUCGUCGUUCCAAACUCCGAGUCCUUCAAUGUUUGCACCUAGUCCCACAGCGAGACCAUCCGUCUUUGACAGACUUGGACAGCAGCCGAGUUUUGCACAACAGAAUCAAGCUAAAUCCAUUUUUGCCAACGCUAAUCAGAGCACAUUUAACCAAGUUCCCAUGAAUGGCUUGGCGUCACAGAAUCAAGCAGCUGCCAAGUCACUCUUUGCCGAAGCCAGUAAGAAUAUUUUUGGUCAAACACAGACCAACUUUAAUCCGACCCCUGUAGCAGCUAAUAUUUUUGACAGGGGUGUUAAUCAAAACAUAUCCCAGGCGCCCUCUCACCAACAAAGCCAACCAUUUGGCAGCAGUAGUGUGUUUCAUAUUUCUCAACGGCCACCAUCCAAUCCUUUUGGUGUAACAUUUGAUCAAACUAACCAUGAGGAUAGCAGUGUUUACAGUGAACUAGAGCUUUUAUCCGAAGCCGAUGUUAAUGCUUAUGAAAGUGCCGAGUUUAAACUGGGUUUUAUUCCUGAGCUGCCUCCCCCGAGGACAUUUUGUGCUUAAUUUGUUAAUAUAUUACUAAUGUUUUUAAUUGUGAAUAAUUAAUUAAUUGAUAAUAUUUUUAUUGUGAUGAUGAUUUUAUAAAAUAGGAAUAUUAAACUUGUGAUUUUUUAUA